AUGGCAUGCUGGUCACCUGAAAGUGCAACCAAAGCCUAUCUCAAAGCAAUAAAAAUGGGAAAGAGUGCUAAAGAGCCAGAUGUAUCAGAAUUCAUAUCAGCACUUGUUGCUGGAAACAAUGCACAACUGAUGGUCGUCGCAUGUGCUGGUGCAGCCGAUUCCACCACACUAGCCCUUGUGGCUGCAGCUCAGCAAACUGGUGGUAGAGUCAUUUGCAUCCUCAACGACUUCGAUAAAUUAAAUCCAUCAAUUGAAUUUCUACAACAUAACGCGAUGCACGUUGAAUUUGUAAUUAACGGAGAUGCCAAAACUCUACUAGUAAAUGACUAUAGAAGAGCAGAUUGUGUAGUAAUUGAUUGCAACAUUAACAACUGUGAAGGCAUUUUUAAGACGGCACGAAGGAUAGGGGGAAAUAAUGCCAUUGUUUUAGGGUACAACGCGUUGCGAAUGGGAUCAUGGAAAUGUGAAAGUUUUAAUGCUCAUUUGUUACCCAUAGGAGAAGGUUUAUUGGUGACACGGAGAGGCAGUGAUUUUGGCGUUUCGGAGAAAAAGAGUCGUUGGAUCGUCAAAGUGGAUCAAUGUACAGGGGAAGAACAUGUAUUCAGGGUCAGAUCUCCACAUGGAAAACCUCUUGAAGCAUAAUUUUUUAUUUAUUGCUAUUUGAUAGAUUGUAGAAUAUACCAUAUAAUACUUUUCUAACAUCUGAAAUGAUAAGCAGAUAUGCAUUUUGAUCCUGUAAAUAGAAGAGAUUUAAUCAUGUUAUAGUAGACUCACAACAUAGCUGUUGGGGUUGAGUUAGACUCAAGUGUCAUACUUUACAUACAUGAUAUCUGAGUCAGAUCCAUCCCCGUUUGGGCUCCUGAUCCAUGUUUCAGUCGGAUCAGAUUUACUCAUGAAGUGUCAACUAAGAUCUAAUUAGGUUAGAGAACGUGCAGAAGAAUAGUUUAAUUUCUUCUUUAUAUAUCACUAUACACAACAACAUGAUCUUUUCUGCAGAAUCAGAAGAAUGGGGCCUGAAUGAAAAUGCAAGAAAAACAUGGUUAUUGGCAUUAUAUGCACGUUAUAGAUAUAUUGAUGAGGAAACAUCUUGAUCUGAUCUACAUCUUUGCUUGUUUGUCCUGAGGCAUAACAAACUAGUGUCCUGUUAUGCUUCUCAACAGCCAGGCUAUUCUAAAUUCCAUUAUAUUACUUAUUAGUGGAACUUCAUGUUACCUAGUAUGUAGCAGC